GAAAGUGUUUGUGUGAGUUGGUCUCCGCAGUCGUUCUCGUUCCUCGUCGUUAGAGUCUCGGAGCAGUUUGACGUCCAGCGACGUGAAGAACGAUGAACGUGGUUCCUCUCGUGUGUCUCUUUCUCCUGACUCGGUCCGGGACAACGUCUGCUGCUGGACACGGAGUCAUCAUAGUGGAAGAAGACAGUGAUGUUAUCUUACCUUGUUCCCUCGACUCCAAGGAGAACAUCGUAGCAGCUCUCUUUGACUGGAAGAAAGUAGCUCAGAGAGAUCAAGGUCAGAAGGACGUUUUCUUUUAUGAUGCAGGUGAUCAUUACAACAACGGCCGUGAAGGUCAGAGUCCAGAGUUCAGAGGACGAGUCUCACAUUUUCCAGAUCAACUGAAUCAGGGCAACGCCUCCAUAAUCAUCAGGAACAUGAAGGUGGAGGACACUGGGAGCUACACCUGUGAUUUUCCACGUCUUCGGCCACCUCAAACGUUCUCCGUUGAGCUUGUUGUUGGUGCAGCUCCAAAACCAUUCAUCACAUCUCUUCAUGAAACAAAGGACUGGUCCCUGCUGCAGUGUGAAGCUCAUGGAAAUCCUCGACCUGAAGUAGAAUGGCAGGACAGUUCUGGAAACAAACUUCCUGCUGAUGAACCAGAGUUCUCAGUGAGAGGAAGCAUCUCCUACGUCAAACUCAACAUCACUGUGAAGAAGACGGACCGCUAUCGCUGUGUAGCCACACAGGAGAACAUCAGUCAUCAGAUUCAUACUGACACUUUUGAGCAUAUGAAUGGUGCAGCUUUAAAGCCGUAUGUCACUAUACUUGAUCAAACAAAGGAUGGGAUGUUGCUGCAGUGUGAAGUUCAUGGUGCUUCUCCAGAACUUAGAGUAGAAUGGCAGGACAGUUCUGGAAACAAACUUCGUGCUCAUAAAUCACAAAUCCCAGAAACAGGAAGCAGCUAUGACAUCAUCCUCCAGACUACUGUCACCAAGUCCGACCGCUAUCGAUGUGUCACCACUGAUAAAACCAACGAACGCUCUGAGUCUGAGACCUACGUGUCUGUAAACGGGUUCCUCCCCAAGGAAGAGGAGGAAGAGGUGGAAGAGGUGGAGCAGCUGUGUGAGAGGAUGAAGGAGGGACAUUUAAGCUGUGUAAAUGUAGUCCGUUCAUCAGAUCUGAUCCUGCUGCUUGUAGUUCUUAAAGCUCACUGA